AUGCAUAGGUUUACGUUUUGAUUCCCAAAAGCCGUUUCACGCAAAAAUUCUUUAUAAAGGUUACUAAAUUCUAUUCAUAAACAUUUUUCCAGAAUGGCAGAAGAUAUUGGACUUGAACCUUGCUUCGAACUUGAUGAAAAACCGGCAAAAGAGAAGAAAGAAAAGAAAAAGCCUAAAAAGACUGAAAGAUCUGCUCCAGUUAUAGAAUCUAUUGAACCAGAAGAAGAUGUUGAAAAUAAAGAAAAGGAAGAAGUUGAUCCAAACAAGCCUUUAUCAAGAGGACAAGUUAAAAAAUUGAAAAAACGACAAGCGAAGGAAAUGGGACUAGGACCACAUGAGAAAAUGCCAAAACUUGCGGAAAAAUCAGAAAACGACGAAGAAGAAUCUAAACCAGAUGGAAAACAUAAAGGAAAAGAUAAGAAAUUGAGUUUUGAAGUUAUUGAACAGAAAUAUCAAACAAUGUUGAGUAAAUUGGUCGAAACAACAAAUAAAUUCAAAGAAGGUGAAGCUCAAAUUAAACAACAUGUCGAUGAAGGAAAAUUAUCGAAAGAAGAAGCUGAAACAUUUUGUCGAGUUUAUAAUAGAGCUUUGAGACAUAAAAGACUGAAACAAAGAAUGAUUCAAUUAGUUGGAGAUCAAGCACCAAUCGAAGUUGUCAAAGAAAAAGUGAAUAUUUGGGUUCAAUCAGGAAAAGUCACCAAAGCUGAUGCUGGACAUUUAGUUCAUCGAUGGAAAACACGAACAAAUCGAAGAGAAGGAAGACAAAAUGAUAAAGUUCAGUAAGUAUUUUAUUUGCUUAUUGAAGGCAUUAUUUAUAAAAAUGAAUUAUUCCAGAGGUGCAGCGUGUUAUCAUUGUCGUGAACCUGGUCAUGUUAUUUCCGCUUGUCCAAAAAGAAAUACAUCUGAUGCGGAUGGAGUUUGUUUCAAAUGUGGUUCAUUAGAACAUGGAAUUGCUGCGUGCAAGAAGAAGAAUGUGAAAGGUAAUUAAAGUUAUGGGAAAUUACAACCGAACUCGUUCUGCUCAGACAAGCUGGGCGAUUAAUCGCCUGUAUUUAUUAAUUUUGUUCAGACGAUUAAUCGUCAGCUCACUUUUCUUACCGAUUAAUCGCUCAACUUGUCUGAGUGUAACCUAUGAUAGAAAAAUUCGCUCUAAAACCUAGCCAGACAUCAUCUAUUUGGAUUUCAAUUGGAUUUCAAUUAAACAUAAAUUCAUUCCUUUAGCCAAACUUCCACCUUCAACAAUUUUUUAAAAUUCAAUAUUUGAAAUUUAUAAACGUGAACUAUGACGUUACAAUUGAGCGAUCAUUUCUGUGAAAAAUAUUUUUAAUUUUCAAACAAUUUUCCUUCAUUCUAUUUUUCGAACAUUUCCAUUUUUAUAUUUUUGAGAUCAAAAAAGCAUUUUCCCCAUCCUUCUUGGUCAUAUGAUAUUUUUUGAUGGUCACUAUUAGUAUUUAUUAUUAUUCCUCCAUUUCAAAAUACCACCACUAUGUAUUCGGGAAUCCCAUAAAAUGCAUAACGGACGACUAUUUUUAUUGUCAUGUUUUAUGGUCAAAUCGAGAUAUCCUCUUGUUUUCAUACAAAACUUCUUUUCAUGCUUUAUUGGUUCUCAAAAAGCGUGAAAGUAAAAAAAAGAUAUAACUUUUUUGGUACAAAUUUUAUCAUUCAUAUCUAAAUGAACUGGUUUUUGAAUCGCGACGAAUUGAUACAUUUUAUUAAAGCGAUAACAAAUUAUAUGGAAAUGAUUUACACUAAAAAAAGGAUAAAUGAAUAUUAAUUGUUUAUUAUCACCAAAUAUAAUGGUUUUUCUUACACUUUAGUUGGUAUUUAUUAUAAAUCAUGUGUAAAGCAGCAUAAAAUGAACGAUUUAUGAGAUUACAUUGAAAAACAGGGAGAGAUAACUAUUUUUGUUGUUUUUUACAGGGUUUCCUUUUGCGACAUGUUUUGUUUGUAAACAAGUUGGACAUAUUUCACGAGAUUGUCAUCAAAAUCUGAAUGGUGUUUAUCCGGAUGGUGGAUGUUGUAAUGUAUGUGGAAGUGCUGGACAUUUACGAAGAAAUUGCCCAGAAUUAGCAGCUCAAAAAGCCGGAGGACAACAGAAAAAACGUGAGAAUUUCAUUUUUUGCAAAACACUUUUUGAAAAACGCUCACUCGAGACUUUUAUGAAUUUUUUGAAUUUUGUCUAUUCACAGACUCAAAAUCUACUACAAAAACAUACUUUAUAAAAUCUCUAGUGAAAGUUAUAACAGUUUCCUUGUUAUUUUUUUAAAACUGUUACAAAAUAUUUCCAGAAUAUUCUGGUCGAAUAUUCGAUAACUCGAAAGACUCAGCCGAUGUUGACUAUGAUCCAACUGAACAAAAAUCUACUCAACAAAUCACUAAACCGGUUAAAAAAGUUGCAAAACACAUCAAAUUUUAG